GUUUGAAGCUCGACAUUUCAUAUGUUUAAAAGUUUUUACAAACGCGCAUUCCGGUGCUUUCUAAGCUCGAGUGCCAUAAAAAAUGUACCACCAGUUGUAUGCCACGGCGGGCCGAUAAGUAAUAUAACAAAAGUAUGGUUCACACCAUUACCUGACAAAUCGAAAUGGAUAACACCAUGCAAGGUGCACUAUGUGGAAAAUGGUCAGAAGAAAGAUCGUGAUAUAAUUAAAAUAUUCGAUGGAGUUAUGGUCAUCUUGUUCAAUAUCUCGCGGCAGAAACUCAUCUAUGUGCGACAAUUCAGGGCUGCAGUGUAUCACGGCAUUAUAACAGGAAAUUCCCUUGAAAUACCCAAAGGGGAUAUUGACUUGAUCAAAUAUCCACCCGAGAUGGCCGUUACACUGGAACCUUGUGCUGGACUGAUUGACAAAAGCAAAAGCUUGCCGGAGAUUGCGCGCGAGGAGGUGCUUGAGGAAUGCGGCUAUGAUAUUCCAGUCAAAAGUUUCGAGUUUAUUUAUGCAUUCAAAUCGGGCGUUGGCGCCUCAAGCAGUACUCAAACCUUUUUCUAUUGUGAGGUGUGCGAUGCUCAAAAGGUUUCCAACGGAGGUGGCAUACACGAUGAGGUCAUCCAGGUAGUGGAGCUAUCAAUUGAAGAUGCCAGGCAAAUGGUUAAAACAGGUUCAACUAUAAUUGGUGGUCCGAGUACUUUGUUAGGCACUCUAUGGUUUUUAGCAAAUAAGACAUGAAUUUUAAUUUAAAAUUAAACUUGUUAACUUGGCCUCUCGGCAUAUUGUUGCUAAAAUGAACUAACAAAAAAUUAAA